ACUUGAUUUGCGGAACAAUAAACUCUCUGGGAGUAUUAAGCAGUUUCUCAAUACCGAGAGCAUAAGUAUUCUUCUGUUGAGGGGAAACAAUUUAACUGGAUCUAUACCAAGGCAACUGUGUGAUUUGAGAGGAAUCAAACUCUUAGAUCUUUCAGAUAACAAGCUCAAUGGUUUCAUACCUUCAUGCCUCUACAAUUUAUCAUUUGGACUGGAUCAACAUGACAUGAGUAUAAAGCUCAUACCUCCAAUUUCUCGUACUCAGAGCUUUCAGUCGGAAUAUUACAAAUCCGCAUUGCUGGUAGAAGAUUUCACGAUUUACUAUGUUACCUUCCAGGAAACUGAAAUCAAAUUUGCAAUGAAGCAAAGGUAUGAUUCCUACACUGGAGAAUCUUGGUUCAGCGAUUCUUAUAGUGGAACAUCUAAUCCCAAGAAUGGAAUACUUGAUUAUUUGUAUGGAUUGGAUCUGUCAAGCAAUGAAUUAAGUGGUGUUAUCCCAACAGAACUUGGAGACCUCUCCAAACUACGAGUGUUGAAUCUCUCUCACAAUCUUUUGUCGAGUUUCAUACCAUCCAGAUUCUCUAAACUGAAGGAUAUUGAGAGCCUUGAUCUUUCUUAUAACAUGUUGCGGGGAAGCAUUCCUCAACAGCUUACCAGCCUUACUUCUCUUGCUGUGUUCAACGUGUCUUACAACAAUUUAUCAGGGAUCGUUCCACAAGGAAAGCAGUUCAAUACCUUCAACGAGAAAAGCUACAUAGGCAAUCCUCUUCUUUGUGGACCACCAACUGAUAGAAGUUGUGAGACUACAAAGGAAGCAGGUAAUGGAGGAGAAGAAAGAGACGGUGAAGCUGCUAUUGACAGGCUGGUCUUUUAUUUUAGUACUGCUUCAACUUAUGUUGUCGCGUUGAUAUGCAUUCUAGUACUUAUGUGCUUUGAUU